AUGGCACAGCAAAAUAAUACGUGCUUCGGCGUUCUGGAACCUUUCGAUGGCGGGGAUUUUAUAGAUUACAGUGAGAGACUGAAUGCAUAUUUUAUUGCAAAUAACAUUGGCCAAGUCGCAGCAGAUGCAAAUGAAGCUGCAAAACAAGCUGCAGACAAAAGGAAAGUCGCCGUAACUAUUUCGGUGAUGGGGAAAAGCACAUACAGUACAUUGAAAGAUCUCUGCCUCCCUGAUUUACCAGCUGAAAAGUCGUACGAAGAAAUUAUUACAAUACUCAAAGGAUUUUACAAACCGAAAGUACUCGAAGUCGCAGAGACAUACCGAUUUCAUCAAGCAGUUCAAACGGAAAGCGAAAGUGUAGCUCAAUAUGCAAACAAAUUGAAGCGUUUAGCUGUUCAUUGUAAUUUUGGCACCUAUCUUACAAGGGCAUUACGAGAUCAAUUUGUUGGGGGCGUUCGAAGUAGAAGUACUAGAAAGAAACUUCUUUCUGAAGACAGGACAUUUGAUCAGGCAGUAAAGGUUGCCCAAGCAGAUGAACUAGCAGAGAAAGAAUCGAAAGAAUUGCUUCUCAGUGCGGAAAGAACGGAAACCACACAAGCCCACAGUAUAUCAAACAAGAAGAAAUAUCAUUUCAAAGGCGGGGAUGCAAACAAGGCAAAACCUUUUGAGCAAGGGAAAACUUGUUUCAGAUGUGGAUCUACACAACAUUUGGCAGACAAGUGCAGCCAUACCUAUACAACAUGUAACUAUUGUAAAAAGGCGGGACACUUGGCAAAAGUAUGUUUCAAGAAAAAGAAGGCAGAUAGCAAUGCCAAGGCACAUAACAUUGUAGCAACACAUACUGAUGAAUCUAGUGACAGUGACAGUGAUAUGAAUUCUGUCAACGGUACACCAGUAACUAUUUUUAUGCAGAAUAUAAAUUCUGUGGGACAGAAAUCAGAAAUAUCGCCACAAUACAAAUUGGGAGUGAAUAUUAAUGGUCAAGAAGUCUCCAUGGAAAUUGACACUGGAAGUUCAGUAACAUUAUUAAAUUCUGGUGAUUUUGAAAGAAUGGGUGGUGACACAAAUGUUUUGAAACCUUCUACAGUGGUACUUAAAAGUUAUACGGGAAAUGAAAUCAAGUGCCAUGGAGAAGACAACAUGAAAGUCAAAGUGGGAGAACAAGUAAGUGACAUAAAUAUUCGAGUGGUUGAAGGACCAUCACUACUAGGACGUGAUAUUAUGACUAAAUUUAGACUGGCACAACAUUUUCAGUAUUUUUCCUACCACUGCAGAGGAUAUUAUACAACAAUAUCCUAAACUGUUCGAUGAAAGAGGAGUAGGAAAACUGAAGGGGGCACAAGUGUCAUUAAGAGUAAAUGAUGAUAACCCAGUGUUUAUGAAACCCAGAGUGGUACCUUUUGCAAUUCGGAAAAAAUACGAAGAAGCAUUAGAGAAACUAGUCCAGGGUGAUAUUAUUGAAAAAGUAAAGCACUCGGAGUGGACUUCACCGACGGUUCCUGUGAUUAAGCCUGAUGGCAAUGUAAGGAUCUGUGGAGAUUAUUCUGGUACAAUUAACCAGGCAGCUACAUUAGAACAAUAUCCAGUACCUACAUUUGAAGAGUUACUAAGCAACCUUUCAGGGGGAACGAAAUUUACGAAACUUGAUCUUUCACAGGCAUACCAUCAAUUAGAACUCACCCCUGAAAGUAGGAAGUACACAACAAUAAAUACCCAUCAUGGUUUAUGCCAGUACAAACGAUUAGUUUUUGGGGUAAACAGUGCGGUGUCCAUCUUCCAACGUACUAUAGAAAAUGUACUCAAAGGUCUUCCAGGAUGCUGCGUUCGGAUUGAUGAUAUCUUAGUAACAGGGAAAACUGAUGAGAUUCAUAUGGGGAAUUUGCAUCGUGUUUUGCAAAGAUUACUAGAGAGCGGGCUUAAACUGAAGCGUGAGAAAUUCCAUUUCAUGCUCGGGGAAGUUAUUUAUUUGGGAAUGUCAACCUCGGAAGCCGGCAUUUCACCAACAGAGGAGAAAGUGCAAGCCAUCAAAGAUGCCGCCCCACCGGCAAAUGUUUCUGAGUUGCAAUCUUUUAUUGGUACAGCAAAUUUCCUGCGUAAGUUUGUGCGAGGGUUCGCAGAAAUUAUGACACCUUUGUACAAAUUACUUCGGAAAGGAACUCCAUGGAAAUGGAGUAAAACUGAACAGGAAGCAUUUACCACUAUCAAGUCGGCAUUGUGUUCGGAUUCUAUAUUAAGACAUUACGACCCAGCUGCUGAGCUAGUACUCCAGUGUGAUGCAUCUUCUAUAGGAGUUGGAGCUGUACUGCUCCAGCCUGUUCAUGAUGGCACAUUACAACCAGUAGCAUACGCUUCUAGAACUCUUAAUGCAGCUGAGAAAAAUUACGCUCAAACUGAACGUGAAUCGUUAGCAAUUGUAUUUGGAGUUACAAAAUUCCGCCCGUAUUUACUUGGCAGACAUUUUAAACUCCUAACAGACAAUAAACCGUUGAUCACUUUAAUGGGGAACAUAAGUCAGUUCCACAGUUAG